AUGAGGUUAGUUGGUGUCUGUCCAUGGACAGAGGAUCUCAAUGGGCCUGCCGAGAUGGGAGGAUGUCACAGCAAGAAAGUUGUAAUCCCAGACAUUGAGAACCCAGCGAGAUGCAGGUCGGUGCUUGGAAGUUAUCAGUCAGAUACUCAGCCACAAAACAGACCAUCGGGAAACUCACCAGACAGUGGACAGACAAUACUUACUUUGGAACAACUGGAACACUUGGAGAUUUGCCUGAAGGAAGCAGAGGAAAAAGCCAAAGCUCUAUUGGAACAGCUUGCAGCCUCUGAAGCAACAAAAUCACAACUAAUGGAAAAAGUUUCCUUGCUGGAAGGAAGGCUAGAGGAUGUGAGCCGAAAGAAUGUUGGUGGAGAGUUGUAUGAAAACAUGGUUCUUGAGAAAGACAAGUGCAUUGAGAAGUUGCGAGCUGAAGUAAAAGCCUCCCAGGAGAAACUGAACGCCCAUAAACUAAAGCACAAAAAGGCAGUGAAAAAGCUACAAACUGAUUUGGCAAUAGCUAAGCAAGAGGCUGCCAUCACUGUCCUGGAACUCAAUGAGAAGAUAAUGACACUCUGUGAAGGAAGGCCUUUCCCUAGAGCAACCAACUCAGUGGAAGUGCUCUACGGAGGUCUCCCACCUGUGGAAGAAAGUGACAGAAAGAUUACCCUGAUUAUGGAGCUGUCCACCCAACUUUCCCUUCAGACUGAGAAGAUCACUCAGCUCGAAGACGUCUUAGCGGAAAAGGAAAAGAAGAUCGAGGAGCUGGAGGCUGAGCGAAGUUCCCAGUUUCCCCAGGAUGAAGAUAGACUUACGGAAGAUUUACAAGAAUCCCCCAGUGUAUACGAUGAGGACAGGAAGGCUCUCGUGGCCUCUGAUGAGGAGCAUGAUGAUUUCCCAUGUGACAAUAAAGUUUAGUAAGUGUCAUCAAGGUGGAGUCCAAAACCCCAA